GAAUUUUCAUGUCCAGUGAAUAAGCCAGUGCGGAGAAAAAUACUUUACUUCGAGCAGCGUCACGAGGCACAGUCUCUCUUUCUGUCUCUUGGUGUGCCUCGCUGGGCUUGCAGCGCCAUUUCCCUUCCUGAUUCGGGUGUUGCAUCGGCGUCGUUGGCAACUCCGUCCGCCUGUUUCCGUCCGAUCAAACUCGCCAUCCCUAAACCAUCCACUGAAAACAAUGCCUAAGAUGACUGCCACAGCCCCUCAGCCGUCAGCGGCAGAAGAUCAGGCGAAAACAGCGGCCGACGAGACUGUCGGUGCCGGCCACGUGGCUGCUCCAGCACCUGCUGAAGGUGCUGACAGCAACUCAACCCCCCCUGCGACGGAGAAAGACGGAGAAAAUGAGGUUGAAGAGGAGUCUGAAGAAGCAGAGGAAGACGACGAGCAAGAAUUCGCAGAAAAGCCGGCGGACACCCUUCUAGGCGAAGGAAAGACCGUUUUUCGCAGCAGAAACUGGGCUAAAGCUGCGGAGUACUUCUCCCGGGCCGUUGAGAGGAAAGUGGCGGAGCUUGGCGGCGCUGACUUCCACCCCGAACUCAGCACGUUCUACCUGUGGUUUGGGGACGCGUUGCUGACCAAGGAAGAGCAGAAUGCAGAGCUUUUUCAGUUCGACAAAGCGAAGCAAGACGCCGAGUCGGGCGCAGCAGCUGCUUCAAGUGCCGCCCCUGCGUCCUCGUCCUCAGCGACGAGCAGCUCUUCUUCGACAGACAAAGGGACUGAGCGCCAUGAAGAAGAAGUCCCGGGUGGGAAUGCGGCGGGAAAGGUUUCGGACGAGGAGCUGGCAUUCGAGAUGUUGGAAAUGGCGAAACAGUGUCUUCUGAAGAAGCUGGAAAAGUCCCCGCCUCCAGCGACUUCCUCAGACCUGGCCGAGGGCGAGAAAAACCAAUCGAACAAAGACACUGUCCACUCGGAUGUCAUUGAUCUGUCUUUCGCCUUUGUCCGCCUCGCAGACAUGCAGCUGAUGAACGAGAGAUACGACGAGGCUGCCCAGGACUAUGGAGAGGCAGUCUCUCUCCGAGAGCGAUAUCGGUUACCUGAACAGACCCUCAUGGCUCCGCUCCUUUCGUUGGCCCAGGCGACCUUUUUCAGCGGGAAGAAGAAAGCCGCUUUGGAUGUGUUCAAGCGAACGCUCGCGAUUGGAAAAAAAAUAAAGGACGGCUUCUUGGGGAUGCCCGAUGGCAUGACUGCAGACGCGUUGGCAGACACCAUAGAAGAUCUCCAACUGCAGAUAACAGAUGUUGAGAAGCAGAUAGCCGAAGACGCAGCAGCCGGCAUCACUAACGAAGACACAGCGACGAAAGGAAGUCAGUGUGCUGCACGUGAGUGCAUUGCCACUACCACCUCGACCUUCGAUGCUCCUCAAUUAGAUCCUUCCUCCGCAAAAGUCGUCCGAGUUUCGAUUCGGCCCGCCUCUGCCGCCGUGUCGGUCAUCGGUGGAGUGUCGACCAAGACAGAAAGACACGACGAUGAAGAAGAGGCAUUCAGGCACAGCCCGAAAAAGCGGAGAAUCGAUCUGAGACAGUUGCAGGGUGUGGCACCGGAACCAAAGACAGUCAAGGGGGAAGCUGAGCUGCAGGCCCCGGCAGAGAUACCAAAGGUGGAAGAAGCAAAACCUGAAGCGGAGGAAGUGAAAACUAAGGAAGAAUGAAGAAUUGCGAAGUUGCUUCUCUGCUAUUCAACGAAGGCGUUGUCUUUUUGGGCGGGCGCGCAACAUGGACGUCGUCCGACACCUCAGUUGUGAAAUUUGUGCUGCUCAUUCAUAGCUGGUGCCUCUCGUUCUGCCCAUUAAUGUAUCAUGGAACACGUUAUACUCACUCAGAAAGUACGGUUCCUGUCUAAUAUCUGAACGAUACUUCAGUUUUAGGUUUCUUUCUUGGCUGCACGUUUUGGGGGGUGGGGGGACGGGGCGGC